GCAGGAAGCUGGUGCGGAAGCCGGCAGCCCCAUGCAGAGGCUGUUCGCACGGGCCCCAUGGCUGAUGCCACCAUGCUGGUGCUCAGUGCCUUCCUCAUGCCCAUCCUCCUCCUCCUCUGCGGACUGGGCCCUUCCCUUGCUGCUGCCCACAGCGCCCCAGGGGUGGAGUGUGUCGUCUUCAAUGAAGAGUACAUGACCUGCACAUGGGGGAGCAGAGAGACACUCACAGCCAACUACUCCCUCUACUACUGGUAUGAAAACAGGUUGCCUGUGGUGGAGUGCAAGCACUACCUGCAAGACCAGGAUGUCAACAUUGGCUGCCGCUUCAACCGGAGUGAGAUCAUCCAGUUCCAGCCUUUCCGUGUCCUCGUCAAUGCCAGCCUUGACGGCAGGACCCUGGAGAUCCCCAGCAAGCAAAUGCAGCUGCAGGACCUGGUGAAACCGGAGGCACCCGUCAACCUGACCAUUCACAACAUGAGCAGCAACCAGCUGCAACUGACCUGGGCGUCCCCGUACCCCAAAGCCCGGUGCCUGGAGCACGCCGUCAAAUACAAGAGCAACAAGGACACCAGCUGGACGGAGCAUAGGGUGAAAGGAGAUGUCUUCUCCUUCCCCAGUGUGGACUAUGAGAAGUACUACACAUUCUACGUGCGCAGCAAAAUCAACAUCUACUGCGGCAACAGCCAGCUCUGGAGUGAAUGGAGCAUCCCCGUGGUCUGGGGCAGUAACUCCACCAGCAAGGGUACAGUGGAAGAGCAGCUGCACUUGUUCUGGAUCCACACAGUCCUGAUCCCCAUCACCUCCUGCCUGCUCUUGCUGGUCCUUGUUGUCCUGCUGGUGCGCAUGGAAAGAGUGUGGGUCAUCCUCAUGCCCCGGAUCCCCAACCCUAGCAAGAACUUUGAUGAACUCUUCAUCACUCACAAUGGCAACUUCCAGGAAUGGGCUGGAGUCCCCAAAGAUGUGGAGGAGAGCUUCAAGCCCAACUACAGCGAACACAUCUGCUAUGUGAGCGAGCUGCCCUCCAAGGACAGCUAUGAGCCCCUCUGGGAGAGCAGCAACCACCCACCGCCUGUGAUGCCCGGAGCCCUGGCUGCCCCUCAUGAGCACAGCCCAUACAAGAACAGCUACGUGGAAGCGUGACAGUCCUGCACCCCACAUGCUCUGCACACCCACUGCCCAAAACUUCACUGUCCCUCAAGGCUUGCUCCCUGCUCCCACCCUGCCUCAGCGCAAUGCCUGGGACCCCCAGCUCUGCUCCCUGCUCCCUGCCACGGCCACACUCAGCCCCUCGCAGCGUGGCAGCUGUGCUGCCCUGCAGGGUGCUGGGUGAGCAUGGCACACUGGGUGCAGUGCGCUACGCCCUGCGUGCACUGGGUGCUCUAUUUGAUGCUUCGGGUGCACCGGGUGCUGCUGUGGGUGCGUUGCAGCGCACUGGGCACACUGCAUGGUGUGCCAGCCCCUGCCCUGCCCUUGGGGCACCCAGGAGGGAAGGGUGGGAUCCCAUCGCAAGUCCUGCUGUAUGCAGGAUCCCUUGUGGGGUCACUGCAGUGGGGCAGAGCUGCCGGAGGGCUGAUAGGCUUCCAUACACUCUCCUGUGGAACCCCGUGCUGGGCAUGUGGAGCUGCUGGGAGCUUGCCAAGCCCCGUCCCUGCUCUGAAGUGCCCACAAGCACAUCUAGGGAUGUGUCUCAGUGAGGGCGCCGCUGCGGCAGAGCGGCAGGAACCACCGGCCAACUGACUCCACGGGCACCAGGGCUGAGAAGUGCCAAGGGCCUGAGGGGCCAAGCCACAAGUGUCACCUCCAGCCCAAGGGCCGCUGCCCUGAGCCUCCAGACUGGCUGUCCCCCCACCCCCCCCGGGGCCUCACCACUCCUUUGCCUGCGUCUUGGGUUUCCUGCUGCAAUAAAGCUCUGCUG